AUGAAACGUUGUUCAGUUGAACAAAUGGAUUUAAAAAUUUUAUUAGAUGAAUUCACGUAUUUAAUUAUUAAUGAUAUUCAUAACAGUUCCAAUUUACCAUUGUCAUAUGUUUUUCUCAGUAUGAUUGUUGCAUUAUGUCACUGGACAUAUGAUAGUUACCUUAAAGGUGUUAACUAUUACAAUAUUCCUUUAAUUCUUUUUGGAAUAUUAUGUGGUGGAAGUGGUUCUAAGAAGAGUGCUCCGAUACGAAUAGUUAAGGAAGCAUGUGAACAAGUUGAAGCCUUCAUAGGAAUCCCAUUAGCUAAAUCUUCACUUAACAACUCGGCAACUAUGGAAUCUGUUUGUAUGGAAUUACAAAACAAAUCUCAUUUAUUACAAUUAUGGGAUGAGCUAGCAAUAUUUUUGGGUUUAUUUGGAAGCACUCGUUCCGAUCGAGCUUGUUAUGAUCGUGGAAUUAUGUGUGAACUAUAUAAUCCGACAGGAGUUGUUCGUCGUCAAUUAGUGUCGAGAACAAAUAUAAUGGUGAAACCACGUUUAUGCAUUUUAGCAGCUGGACAUCCACGUGAAACCAUUAAUUGUUUAACUGGAUCCAGUUUGAAAACAGCCGAAAUAAAUGAUGAUGGUCUUUUCAACCGUUUUUUAAUAUCAGUUGGUUACAAGCAAAAACCACAUCGAGAUUGUCCACCACCAGAUAAUAAGAUACCAAAAUUAGCACAUCUAUUUUUUUAUACACAUCAACUACACAAACAAACACGAGAAUAUUCAUUUAAUGAAGAAGCAUAUGCUUUUAUGAAAGAAACAAUUUAUGUCUAUGAUUGUGAGUCUGUUAGUUUCAGCAACGAGGACGAUUAUUUAGCUAGAACACAGAAUCAAAAUUCAUCAUUAAUAACAUCAGUUAUAGUUGAAACAAAUGAAGCAACAUUAGGAACUAAUGUUUCAACUGAUAUCAGUGCCAUCGAUGAACCAUUUACACCACAUGGUCAAUCUUCAUCAUCAACAUCAUCAGUUAUAAUUGAACCAAAUGGAGCAUCAUCAGAAAUUGAAAUUUUAACUAAUACCAACAUCGAUACUCAAGAAGAAGGUGUUAAUACUGCUGAAUCAACAUUGAUUAGUAUAAACCAUAUUGAUUUUGAUUUAAUCAUCAAAUGGAAGAUCCGUGGUAUUGUUAUUUACAAAUAUGAUGUUCGUCGUUUUAAUAAUGAUCGUGGAGAAGGUGAAAUAUUUUCUUUCGACAUACAAGAUAAUACAGGUGAAAUAACUGUCACCUCAUUUAAUUUAUCAGCUCAAGCACUUCGUCAUCGUAUUAAUAUAAAUAAAACAUAUGAAAUUAGUGGAUUAUCUAUUCGUACUGCAAAUGCAAACUAUAAAACACUUCCAAAUAACCUUCAAUUAAUUAGCACAACUCAAACAAUUGUUAAUGAAAUAACGGCAACGGCUAUUGCUCCUUUGCCAUACAAUUUGCUCAAUCUUAAAGAUUUUGAUAGAACGGAUAUCAAUAGUGUAGUUGAUAUACGAUGUACAGUUAUACGUGAUUAUGGUAUGUGUACUGGAGUUUCAAACGAUCGUACAUGGAUUAAAAGAGAACUUCAUCUACUCGAAGGAAGUCAUCAAUGUCGAUUAACGUUAUGGAAUAAACAAGCUAAAAUUAACAAUGAUUCACUUGUUCGAAGAACAAUUAAAUGCAAAUAUUUAAAGGUGAAAUGGUACAAUGACGUGGCCAAACAUACAUGCCUAUCUGAUGAUAUAUCUAUUGAUCCGAAUCGUGAUUCUAUACGGGACCUGAUAUCAUUAUUAUCACCACAUAUUAAUCAUCUUCGUGUUAAUUGUUCUCAAUGCUUCAUAUUAAAUGAUGAAAUUAGUAUCGCCGAUGUUGCUUAUCUUAUAGUCUGCAAUAAAAAAAAAGAGUGGUCUCUCUGCGUUGAUUUGAAUGUCUAUUCAAAAAAUCAACAAUUUCGUUUGUAUGACUCCUCAAAAAGUGGUUUGAAUAAUCCUUUAACAACUACAUUAGAUUAUCCAUUUGAACAAUCAAAAUCCUAUUCUUAUUUUGACAUAUUACAUAAAUCUCUUAUAACAAAUAUAAACAACAUAAAUGUUCCAUUACUUAAGUUAAAAAAUAAUCAUUUAUUUACUACGCAACCACUUCCGUUAAAUCAUGAAUUAAACUGUAAUGAUAUGAAAAGUUUAUGUAAUUCUCUACAAGAAGAUUGUUCGAGAAUCUUUCAAUAUCGAGGUUCAAAUUUAAUUUCCUUUUACAAAAAAGAAAAGAAAAUCUUAUCAAAACAUCAGACACAACAAACUCCACGAUUAUUUGAUACUGUCUUCGAUAAUUAUAUUCCGUUUAUUAAUUCAAUAAUUACUCAAGGCGAGAAAUAUAUUGGAAGAAUUCAAUCCUAUGCACAAGGAAGUCGAAACACAAAUAAACUAUUUUUUAACAUCGCGGGUGAAUAUCGUUUUUGUCCAAAGAAAGGAACACAUCACAAACGAAAUAGUACAGCUAUUAUAGUCGAUAUUUCAAAUGACACUUAUGCUAUUCGAUGCAAAGAUCCAGAAUGUGACAAUACGUUUCUGACAUGGCAUCAUAUAUAUAAAAUAUAA